AUGUCUACUUCUGACAAGUUUUCACUACCGAUACCACCGAGAUGGUUGAAAUGCCCACGUCGUGGAAACGUCGUUGCAGGCAAAUUUUUACCUUUUAAAGUACCUCUGGAUAGUAGAUACAACGAACAAAUUCCUAUUGAGGAUCGAUUCGAUAUCAAUAUGCUCUUUCAAUUUACUAACGCAUACAAGAUCAAUUUGGGAUUGAUCAUUGACUUAACCAACACUGAUCGCUUUUAUAGUAAAAGCGAAGUAGAAUCCAAUAAUGCUGGUUACUUAAAAUUAAGAUUAAAAGGUCAUGGUGAGGUUCCUUCUCCUGACCAAUGCACACUUUUCAUCGAAAUAUGCAUGAAAUUUAUUCAAAAUAAUCCUAAUAGCGUAAUUGGUAUCCACUGUACCCAUGGAUUCAAUAGAACAGGAUUCUUAAUAUGUUGUUAUCUGAUAGAAAAAGAAGACUGGAGUGUCCAAGCCGCUUUACGCGAAUUCGCCAGUGCUCGAUCUCCUGGUAUAUACAAAGGUUAUUACAUGAAAGAAUUGGCGCAACGGUAUGAUCCAAAUGGCGACUUUGAUUAUAUAUCAGCGCCUGAAUUGCCUGAAUGGUGCAACGAGGAUCCACAUAGUGACGAAGAGAUUGUAUCUUCUCGAAAAAAGAGGAAGCGUAACGAGCAUUUAAUCUUGGAUCCUAAAUUUAUGGAAGGAGUCAGAGGGCCAGUGCCUGUCCGUGAUCAAUCAUUGUCUGAUUUACAAGAACUUUGUCAAGAGAAAUGUGGAUGGAUGGAGGGAGGAUUUCCCGGUAGCCAGCCGGUAUCUUUAACUUAUAAUAACAUUACAUUACUAAGAGAUAGAAGGUAUCGAGUAAGCUGGAAGGCAGAUGGUGUUCGUUAUAUGAUGUUAAUACAUAAAAAUGAUGAAAUCUACAUGAUCGACCGAAACAAUUCCAUAUUCAAGAUACCUCACUUAAAAUUUCCUCGCGGAUCUGAUCUGAAUAGCCAUAUCGAAAAUACCCUAUUAGAUGGUGAGAUGGUCAUCGAUAAAGUUUCCACUCCAAAUGGAGAUCAAUAUUAUCCCCGUUAUCUAAUAUAUGAUAUCAUUUGCUUCGAGGAUGAAAAUGUUGGUAAUAAAAAACAAUCAGAACGCAUGGCAAUCAUAGAGAAAGAAAUUAUUAGUCCUCGAAAUCAAGCAGCUGCUCGUGGAAUUGUAGAUAAAACUAAGGAAACAUUUAGUGUCAGAAAUAAGCAGUUCUUUGAUGCUAAAGAUGCUAGAUAUGUCCUCGAUACCUUUACAAAAAAGGUAUUUCAUGAGACAGACGGUUUAAUAUUUUCUCCGGAAGACGAACCGUAUAUACCAGGGAGGUGCGACACCGUGCUUAAAUGGAAGCCUGCUGAAUUAAAUACUGUAGACUUCAAACUCCAUCUUGUAAAAGUUGAAAAACACGGUUGCCUUCCUACGAAAGAAGCGCGUUUACAUGUUGGCUAUGGCAAUUCACAACGCCAUGUAGCAACUAUUCCAGGUAAAGGCCUAAAUAAAUUCGAUAGUAAAAUUGUGGAAUGUUGUUUAGAUGGCAAAACUAGAACUUGGAAAAUUCUCAGAAUUCGUGAAGAUAAAGCCUUCCCUAAUGCUCACAGUACAUUUAUAGCUGUUUGUAAUAGUAUAUUAAUGCCAAUCACCAAAGAUACCUUAUACUAUGUUGUUGAAAAGCGUGCAUUACCUCCGGAACUGAUUGAAAAACUUAAAAAAACACAAAGUAAGACUAUGUCAAGACGAGACUCGGGUUCAUAUAGUAGUAAUGAGGGUCAUUCCACAUCAAACCUGCAAGCUCAGCAAGCGAGAAAGUUUAAGAGUUCUACUUAA